GUAUUUUGAAUUGUGUACCAACGGAUCGGACAGCACAGACGGAAGGGACAUUUCGUUCUGUGUCUCCGUGUUUUAGGUUGUUGUAAUACACAAUAAAUCUAAACAAAGCCUGGGACCCAACGAUGAGAAAGAGUGAGGUGCUCGCAGCCGAGUCUGUGGCAUGCUUGAAUAAAGCCCUGUGCCAUCUGAAGGACAUCUGGGAAGAGAUUGGCAUCCCGGAGGACCAAAGACUACAGAGAACCAAUGUGGUGAAAAACCACAUCAAGAAUUUGCUGGAUAUGAUGAUUGCAGAAGAGGAAUCUCUGAAGAAGAGAUUAAUAACUAGUAUUCAGGAAUGCCGAAAAGAAAUGGAGAAACUCUGCCUGGAACUUAAGCUUCCUAUGUUUGAGGAGGAGGAGAGUAUCAGCAUGCUCCAGCAAGAGAAAGACAUCCGCACACGAGUGGAGGUUCUGGUGAAGGAGAAGAGCCAGCGGAUGCAACAGCUCAAGGCCUUGGUGGAGAAGGACCAGGACCUGGUUGACAUCUUGUGUUGCAUGCCCUAUGGUAUUGCCUCAGAUUCUGUCCCCUCACUGGAACAGCUAGAAAACUUUCGCCAGCACAUUACCAGCCAGACCUCAGAAAAGGAGAAGCGGUAUGUUGAGUUUGUGGACCUCAAAAAGCAGAUCAUCUUGUGCAUGGAAGACCUGGACCAGGUCCCUGAGACCAGCUUUGAGAAGGACAUUGUGUGUGAGGAUGAGGAGUCUUUCUGCCUCUCAAGAGAAAAUAUUACAUCUCUCAAACUGCUCCUGUGUCAGCUGGAGGAACGCAAGGCAGAGAAUGAGGCGAUGUGUGAGAAUCAGCGAGAGAGGAUACAGCAGCUGUGGAACAGAUUGCAGGUCCCCGAGGAAGAGAGACAGGCCUUUUCUGAACACAUGGUCACAUCCAAGAAAAGGAACCUGGAAGCGUUACGAGCAGAAGUCCAGCGUCUGGAGGAGCUUAAACUCCAAAACAUCCGCAACGUCACCGAUGCCAUCCGGUCUGAGAUAGCUGUGUUUUGGGAAAAAUGCUUCUUUAGCAUUGAUCAACGGCAGGCCUUUGCACCAUAUUUUAGUGAGGAUUUUACUGAGGACCUGUUGAGUCUGCAUGAUGCUGAGAUCCUGCGUCUGAAGCAACAUUAUGAAGAGCACAAGGAGCUUUUUGAAGGGGUUCACCAGUGGGAGGACAGCUGGAGACUCUUCCUGGAGCUGGAGAAAAAAGCCACAGAUCCAACCAGAUUCACUAACAGAGGAGGGAAUCUUCUCAAAGAGGAGAAACAGAGGUCUGAAUUGCAUAAAAGCCUGCCCAAGCUUGAAAAGAAACUGAAAGCCCAGAUAGAUGUGUGGGAAAGCGAGCAGGGACGGGAAUUUCUAGUGAACAGCCAGAAGUUUCUGCAGUACGUGGAGCAACAGUGGGAGCUGCACCGCAUAGAGAAGGAAAAGGAGAAACUAGAGAGGCAUCUCAAGAAGAGCAAACAGACAGAGGAGGAUAUGCUGUAUGGUACAGCGGUACGAACACCCACCAAACGCAGAUUCCUUGGCACCACUACCCCCGGUAAAUCACGAAAGCUUAAUGCCACCUCCAUGUCUAGUGCCAACUCUAACAGCACCAUGCGCUCAGCCUAUGGUGGAGCAGUCUGUCGCUCACCUGUGCCCCGCCCCCCACUCUCUGCAAAUAAGAUCCCCACAGCACGGAUGACAGGCUGCAGUAAACCUCCCAACCCAGGACUGCAGGGCUGCAACAAGGAGAACAUGGCCCAGGUCAAGGGAACCCCUCUGAGUGGUGCGUUGCUGACCGCAGCUAGCCCACAGCAUAACUUCAGCAUAACGUCUGUUGCCAGCACAUAUUCUGAGUUUGUGCGAGACCUGUCCAAGGCCUCUAACACCAAAGUCCAACCUAACAUCCUGAACUCUACCAUCUCCAACCUUUGAUGUGUCCUCUUCAACGGUGCCUGGCUCGGCUGAACUAUUGUAGUCCUUCUGAUCAAGUUCUGAACACUUUUGAGAUGAUUGCUACCUUUUGCAGCUUUCUGCUUUUAUACGUAAAUGAAGGUAAUAUAUAUAUAUAUAUAUUAAGUGUUAAGGCGGUGAUAAACAGGGAAACUUAUUUGGCAGCUUUGACAAGCAGCAGUCCACUCACGCAGGAACAUGUUUUCCUCUUUGUUGCCAGUUGCUGGGCAUAUCUGGUCCAUCUGCAUUGCCAAAAAUGUUUAGUGUAUCACUAUCCUUUAGGGGACAAAUGUUUGUAUCAUAUAUAUUAACUAACACUAUGUUGGCUCUCACAUAUUGUACAGUAGUAGGCAUGUGAAAAGUAUUGGUAAAUAAGAUAUUGUCGACAUCUUGUACUGCACACUAAAAGAAGCUAAACAGUGAUUAGCUCUCUUUAAUUAUGCAACCUAGAGUCACAGGACAAAUGUAUUAUAAAUGACUUGCACUUUCUAGGAAUUUUAUUGUAGUGUAUUAGUGUAAUUGUACACUUAUGCUAUGUUCCAUCCACAUUCUCCACAAAUAUUGCAUUUUAUAUACAUGAAUUUGUGUACAUUUUGUUAUCAAUUGUUCUCGUCAUAGCAGUGCAACUGUUUGUAUUAAGCUACUGUUAAUGUUUAAAUGGGCUGAUAUGACUGUAAAAUAUCAUUUUGACAUGUAUUGGUGUUGGCAACAGUUUGAAGUUUUAUUUACACGGACACCAUUUUUAACAACGUAGCUAUUUUGUUACAGCUUGUUGUCCAUGCAAUUAAAAGUAAAUGCCUUUUCAUUGUC